AUGCAACCACCACAGCAGCAUUCAUGGAUCAAUCUUACUGAAUUGAAAAAACAGAUAAUCAGGAAGCUUGGACCAGAAAGAUCCAAGCAAUAUUUUGAUUACUUGAAUAGAUUCUUGAAUUUAAAGUUAAGCAAAGAUGAAUUUGAUAAACUUUGUGUAAGAACAGUUGGUAGAGAGGGUAUUCCGCUUCAUAAUCAGUUAAUUCGUUCGAUUUUAAGAAACGCUUGUACAAAAGUCCCUCUUGGAAAUACGAAACCUUCGGAUGCCCCGUUUAUCCAAAACGGGUCGAACCCGGUUGCAAACCGGGCUUCAAGUCCACUUGCUCUCCCAAAUGGAGACAUUUUGUCACCAACACAACGAAAGAUAAGGACAGGAUCCCGAAGAAGUGCUCUCAAGCCAAAUGGGAAGACAAAUCAUUCUUCCCCUUCAUCACCCAUUGAUACUCGAAAACCCGUGCAACAUCAUCAAGAACUCAUCAAACAACCGCAACAUGAAUUGGUAUCCAGUAGGAUUCCACUACAUGCACCACUUGGAAUUCCUUACUGUCCAGUCAGUAUAGGUGGGGCCCGCAAGGCCCCACCUACGAAAUAUGUUGGUGUCUCAGACACCAACAACUUGUUAGAUACAAUAACAUUGAGGGCACGCAUGGAGCCUAUUGCCGCAACACAAGGCCUUCAAGGGGUUACUGUGGAUUGCGCCAACGCGAUCAAUAACGGAUUGGAUGUUUAUUUGAAGGGUUUGAUACGGUCAUGUUUUGAACUUAAUGGGGCCCGUUUAGGUCAUGAGCCCGUUAAGAUAAGCCCAAUAUCUUUGUUAGACUUUAGGGUUGCCAUGGAGAUUAACCCUCGGCAGCUCGGUGAAGAUUGGCCUUUAUUGCUCGAGAAGAUAUGCACGCAGGCUUUUGAGGAAUGA